UGUAACUUUGAAAGAUCAUACAUAUGUUGCAAUGGUUAUGUUAUUCUUAUAUGACAUUACAAGUUUGUUCCUAUUAAUCUUAGUUACCUGCACCAAUAUUCCAUCAUGUUACAGCUAUUUGUUUGAAGGCAAGAGUGUUAACUGUGAAGGUGCUUACAAUUGUGGAAACAUACAUGGUGUUAACUACCCGUUCUGGGGAGGUGGUUCACGAUCACGAUUAUGUGGUAACGACAAUUUAUAUCUACAGUGCGAAGAUAAUCAGACCACUUUGUCUGUUCCUUAUUUCAUUAGAAAUAACAUUGGGUAUAAACCUUCAGAAUUUCAUGUACUGAUGAUUAAUCAAUCCUCAUACCGUAUGAAGAUUGUUCAUCAUAAUCAUUGGAAGAAUGUUUGUCCGGAAUCUUCUUCACUCUACAGUCUUUACAAGUACAACACCACCUUAAUCAUUGGUCUCAGGUAUGUCCAAGGAACUAGAUUUAUAAACAUACACUAUGGCUGCAGUCCUGAGGUCCUGUCGACUGUACAGGUGCAGAGCAAUUUUAGUUGUUUUAUAAUUGGAACAAUCAACACUGGUGUGUUCUUUACCGAUGAAAUUGUAACAAAUGUUCUAGGAUGCUCCUUCAGCAUACUGGUUCCUCUUGUUUCUACUGCUUACAAUAAACUGUGGGACGCAACUAUAACGCUGCAAGAAGCUGUGAAUGAGGGGUUUGAAGUGGAUUACAGUGAUGCCUUAGGUGGCUGUUUGGCAUGUCAGGAUUCAGGAGGAAUAUGUGAACUUAGUCUUGAGUUUCGGUGUCGUUGUGGAGACACAACUCAUCCUUCUACCUGUCCAGAUAAUGCUAAGCUACCGGCAUAUUUGGUGGCGCAGCCAAACACUGAUUUUUCAAGAAAGAUUCAUUCAUUCAAGUUGACAAUAGGAUUGUCAGUUGCUGGAAUUGGCAUAUUAAUCUGCUUUGGAAUCUGGUAUACACAGUAUAGAAAAUCAUUCAACAAGUGCAUAGGAUUCAUUAACGGAAAAACAGAAGAUCAGAGUCUAGAGGCAUUACUAAAGCAAUAUGGAUCUCUGGCACCAAGGAGAUAUAGCUAUUGGGAAAUCAAGAAAAUGACGAAUAGAUUUAAAGAUAAGCUUGGUGAAGGAGGUUUUGGAGGGGUCUACAAAGGUGAACUUUCUGACGGCCGUGCAGUUGCAGUGAAGAUUUUAAAAGCAUCUAAGGGUGAUGGAGAAGAAUUUAUCAAUGAAGUUGCAAGCAUCAGCCAAACUUCGCAUGUCAAUAUCGUGUCUCUUUUAGGAUAUUGUCUUGAUGGGAGCAAAAGAGCUCUAAUUUAUGACUUCAUGCCUAAUGGAUCCUUAGAGAAAUACAUAUACGGUGAUGGUUCUCCCUUGGGACUGAACAAAUUGUAUCAAAUUGCAGUUGGAAUUGCUAAAGGAUUGGAGUAUCUUCACCGUGGAUGCAAUACAAGAAUUUUGCAUUUUGACAUAAAGCCUCAUAACAUACUCCUUGAUGAAGAGUUCUGUCCUAAGAUAUCAGAUUUUGGUUUGGCAAAACUAUGCACCAGGAAAGAAAGCAUUGUUUCCAUGUUAGGAGCACGAGGGACGAUUGGUUAUAUUGCUCCCGAAGUAAUCAGUAGGAGUUUUGGAGGAGUGUCACACAAAUCUGAUGUCUAUAGUUAUGGAAUGAUGGUUCUAGAAAUGGUUGGAGGAAGAAAGAAUGUCAAUGAAGAAGUGAGCCAUACAAGUGAGAUAUAUUUUCCUUACUGGGCAUAUCAGCAUGUUCAGCUAGACGAUGACCUGAAGCUACAUGGGAUUAUAGACAUAGAAGAAGAAGAAACUGCUAGAAAGAUGAUAUUAGUUGGUCUGUGGUGCAUCCAAACUGAUCCAGCACAAAGACCAUCAAUGAGUAAGGUUAUUGACAUGCUAGAGGGAAGCCUCGUCUUAGAAAUCCCACCAAAACCUUUAUUAUGUACUCCUUAUUGUUCAGGAAGACAUUCUUUCAACACACAGGCAAUGCCACUAAACGCCUUCGUAAUUUCUUCAUCCAGUUCAUCACUUUGUUCUACUGAAGAAUCAGCAAAUUUCAUAGGCACAGCUACCAAAGACGGAACUUUCCAGAAGUAAUGAACUUGAAUUUGAGUCUUUAAUUGUGAGUUUGAUUGAAAUAAUUCAUUAUAAACUGUGAAGGAUAGUAUUUAAGUGUAUUGUAUAUUUGUAUUUUGUUGAACCUAAGGAAAUGUAUA